GACUAAAGCCGCACAACCGGCGAGGCUCUUUUAAGAAGCGAGUUCUCACAGAAGGCCACUUUCUUAAUGACCUUCACUCCUUCAAUCUGCUAUUUCGGAUUUCACAGAGUUUCUCUAACUGCUCUUGGGCAUCAUCGUUUGAAGACUCGCGGAAUGAAUUGCCUCUGAAGAAAAUUUCUCUGUAUCUUUUCGCUCUUACUUUCUUUUUGGAAACUGACACCAUAACCAUGGUGCGUUGUGUCCUGAUAUUUGCCGCUGUGUGCUCGGUGCUUUUGUUGUGGGCUGAUGUCCAGACAUCUGCAGCAAAAUUGAACAGGUCACUCUCUGGAAGUGCCAUCUUUCCAGAUUACCCACCAACUUAUCUGGACUCAGAUGAGGUGGAAAUAGACAAUGGAGAACUUAAAACUUUUGCAGCAGUGGAGUCAAAAAUGAAGAAUCUGAUAGACGAUGUUAUUAAGAAAGUUUUGCCGUUUGUGAUCAGAUCUAGUGCCGAUAUCCGCCUGUCAGGGAGAUGUAUGGCAAGCAUCUUCAAGAUGGUGAUUGGAAUGCAAAAACUGCAAGAGUGGGCAAUAAGAAUGGUAGACGCGACUGGAAAACCUCCUAGUGGUGUCUUUCAGGGAACUAGCAUGUCCCUGGGUGACUUCGACGAAUGCAUUAAUGUGAGAGUCGGAAGGAAAGGGAUGAUGCCCUGGAAUACACCACCUGAAGAGCGUGAGUACUUCCGAGGGAAAUACUGCACUGUGGAAUGCAAGCUGCCAAAAGGGCUGUUGGAUGCCAUUGGUGAAUAUGAAAGUGCUAGUCCAGAGAAAAGGUUUAAUACGUCCAUUGGAACCUCCAAAACGUUUUUAAGUUUGUUGUUGAAAUAUGGCCAGUAUUUGAAAUCAGCAGCAUUCCGCUUCGGAGUUUGCAUUCCUUCCACAUGUGGCGUAGAAGAUCUCAGUAGUAUUACUACGACAAUUGCGAGACAAGUUGGAUUCCCGUUGAAAGUUCUUCAUUGCCAAGAACAAAAGAAGAUCGAAUUUAGAACCGAACAAGCUAUCAUCACCAUUGUAUUAUCAUCCAUCGUAUUAACCGUGCUGUUUGGAACAGCCCUGGAGCUUUAUUUCGAUAAGUUUGGAGUCAACUCGUUAUCCAAAGUACAAAGAGUUCUACAAAAUGUAUCUCAGUCCAUAUCUGUGAUAAGCAGUACAAAGCGGUUGAUGGACGUCAGCAAGGACAAUCAUCCCAUGCCGACAAUGAGAGGACUUUUCCUACUCACCGUCGUUUUCAAUGUCUUAGGCCACACCUAUCUCAUGUACAAUCAUCUCUACUUUUUCAAAUACAGUAGUGUUAUAAACUAUUAUGAAUACAUGCAGCAGUUUUCAUUCUCAUUAAUCGCAAAUGGAUCAAAUGGAGUAGAGAACUACUUUUUCAUUGCGGGAUUCUUAAUCACGUUCAUUCGAUGGGGAAAAUCCAUUAAUAUGCCAAAAAUGAAUCUUCCAAAAUUGCUAUUUAAGCCUUACGUAAGGAUGACAUUUUUCCAAUUAUUGGCAAUAGCUUUGUUCUUACUCUUACCUCUGUUUGGAAAUGGACCUUUCUGGGGGGAUUUUGUUGGCCCUUACCUGAAAAGUUGUCGGGACAGAUGGUGGUUGAAUCUGUUUUAUAUUCAAAAUUACUGGCAGUCAGAUGAUACAUGUCUAUACCACACAUGGUUGCUGGCUGCUAUCAUGCAGCUGUAUGUAGUAGCAAUGAUAGUUGUUUGGUUCCUCAUUAAGAAACCAAACAUUGGAUUUAUAUUAAUCAUAGUAAUUGUGAUAUGUGGCAUGGCAGCAGUAGGAGCAAUCGUUUUCAUACAUAAACUUCCUGGAGCUCUUUCAAUGUAUCUUCUAGAUGGAGUAUCUGGGCCAAAAAUGUGGAAUACAUUAUUCAUUAAGACGUUCGACCACGUUGGUACCUUUUCUAUUGGUCUUGUCACAGGAUAUAUAGUUGCAAAGUAUAAAAACAGUAUUAAAUUUGGAACGGUUGUAACUACAGUAAUUUGGUGUAUUGCCUUGGCUUGUUUGCUUGCUGUAAUGUGUGGGCUUUACGAAUAUCGUCAUGGUGAUCUGAAAAUGGAAUCUUCUGUAGCUAUAUUGUAUGCUAUGCUGAAUAGAAACGUAUAUGCUUUAUUCUUAGCUUGGUUUACUAUAGCUUGUGUCACUGGCAAAGCUGGAUUUAUCCCUGAUGUCUUAUCUUGGAAAGCUCUUAUUCCUGCAUACAGAUUAAGCUUUUUAGCCUACUUGUUGCAUCUCAUAGUCAUUUACUAUCACAUUGGAAUAAUGCGUGAAAGGAUGUAUCUAAGCCAUGAAGAAAACAUAAUUAACUAUUUUGGAUAUUUGGUAACAACAUUUGUCUUGGCUUACUUUUGCUACAUUUUCUUCCAAGUGCCUUAUAUGUACAUGGAAUCACUGAUACUGAAAAAAGAUGUCGAAAUAGAAGGAGAUAAUGCUUCAACAGACAUUGAAAAAGAAGAUAUCAAAUGUGCUUUUUCUGAUUCGAACGAUUUAUCUUUGACGGCGAAGUCAAUAAAACGCCACAUUCAGACAAUAUCAAUCAGUUCCAUCAAAGACAAUCAUAUCUUGACAGGAGUUCAACCAGGACAAGAGAAGUUCUAAGAUGGCAAAAACCCUGAAUUGAAAACUCAUCAUCAAAUAGUCUCAUCAAUGCAAUUUAAUAUUUCAACCGUCACCAGCAUAUUUUAAGUAACUUCAGAUAAAGUACAUAUUUAUAAGUGGAUAUAAAACAGAAGUGUCUGUUACUAAUGUACAUAAUUUACCUUGGUUUCUUUUCUUAACUAAGACCAGUGAUAUAAUUCGUUUUGUCUUAAACCAAAGCUCGUAAAGUACCUACAGGCCAUAAACUUAGGUUUUAUUCAAUGUUCUGGAUCCAGUGUUAAACGAUGGAAAGUAUAUUACCAUGAUUACAGCUCAAUUCUAUGUGGAAAUGUGUGUUAUUUCAAGGAGCCAGUGCUUGAAAGCAACAUGAACAAAAUAUUUUGUAUAUUUACUACUUAUUUGACUGCAAAAUGAAAUGGUUUAAUAAAUGGAAAUACCAUGAAUAUUGGAAUAAUAUAUAUUCCCAUUGUACGGAAAAAUUCGAUAUUAUGUUAUGUAAACUGAUUAAUGCGUAAAUGGAUAUUUUUAUUUAUAAUGUUGAGUAUACUUAUAUCUUAUAGAAAAAAAGAUAUUGAUUAUAUGUAUGUGCGAUGGAA